AUGUUUUUGAGUGUCUGGUUAAAUCGCUCUACUAAUCCAUAUUUCAUUGUGACAUUUCCUGCAGUAAUCGAGUCUGGCUCUGAUGCUAAGUUCUGUCUAAGUCUUUUGAAGCCAAAUGAAACUCUGCAACUGAACAUUGAUCUGGUUCACAACAACCAGAACAGAACUCUUUUGCAAGAGACAGUGGAAAAGGAGAUUCACCACUGCUCUCAUUUUGAGGCUCCACAGGUUGAAGGUGAAUCAGUGCAGGAGAUCAAAGUAGAAGUCAAAGGUGAAAGCUUUAAGAUUACAGAGAAAAGGAAAGUGAUGUUUAAAUCCUACAACACAUUGGUAUUUAUUCAGACUGAUAAACCAAUCUACAGUCCAGGCCAAACAGUGAAUUUCAGAAUUGUCUCUGUGGAUUCUAAUUUUAUUCCAAUUAAACAAAAGUACAGCUCAGUAAUUCUUGAGGAUAAUCAUGGUAACAGGAUUGGUCAGUGGACGAACGUGUCCUCAACAGGCCUGAUACUGCAGCUUUCUCAUGAGCUAAAUGCUGAAGCUCCACAAGGCUAUUAUUCAUUGACUGCUAAAAUUGAAAACAGGUUGAUCACACACCAAUUUAAGGUGGAAAAGUAUGUUUUACCAAAGUUUGAGAUUACAAUAAAAGCACAAGAAAAACACAGCAUUGGUGAGGAGGAACUGAAUCUGGAGGUUUGCGGAAAAUACACUUAUGGACAACCAGUACCUGGUGCAGCACUGGUGCAAGUGUGUCGUAAAUUUAUACCGGUACAACCUUAUGUUCGUAAUGUUGGUGCCCCUUUGAUUUCACCAUGCCUGGCUGAAACAGUGAAGAUGAAUCAGACUGGUUGUGCCCUCCUUAAACUGAAUGUAUCAGCUUUCAUCAAUUCUGAAUUUGAAGGUAAUUUUGAGGACAAGCUUAAUGCUACUGUUACACUAACAGAGGAAGGAACAGAAUUGUCCAUUGUAAAAUCUGUAAUCAUAGAGCUCACUUACCAAAUUGGUCAAGUGGAACUUUUGGAUUUACCAAAACAUUUUGAACAGGAAAGAGUUAUAGAAGGAAAAAUUAAAGUUACAACCUUCAGUGGAACACCAGUUCCAAACAAGAAGGUUUAUCUUUUGGAAGGUUACUGGUCUGAGAAGAUACUACUCAAUCUCACUACAGAUAGUAAUGGAUUGGCAAACUUCUCAGUUGCUUCACCUGAACCUCCUACUCCAGAGAUAACAUUGAUGGCAAGUGUCUAUCCAGACGGAAAUGACCAAAAAUACAAAACACCAUUCUUUGCAAAUGCUGAUGCACGUAUACAGCUGCUCCAACCUGCCACACCUUACAAUCCAGUAUUCAGUGAACUGUCAAUUGAGAGCUCAGAGGAACUGUUUAAGUGUGGUACUGAAAUUCCCAUAACUGUUAAUUAUUAUAUUGUCGGGGAAACUACUGAAAAAUACAGCAUUGACAUUAUAUACACGGUCUUAUCUAAAGGAGCCAUAGUCCAUCAUGGGCAUGAAAAAGUUGAAGUGGAAGACUCUCCAGAUGUCAGAAAAGGCAAAAUCUCAUUCAAACUGUCUGUUUUUGCUGAGCUGGCUCCUGUACUGCAGGUUCUGGCAUACUCUGUCCUGCCCAGUGAGAACAUUAUUGCUGCUAGCAAGAAUUUUGAUGUGGAAAAAUGUUUCAGAAAUAAGGUUUCGCUACAGUUCUCUCCCUCUAAAGCAGUUCCUGGUGAGAAGAACACUGUUGAGCUCACGGCUCAUCCUGGUUCACUGUGUGGCCUCAGUAUUGUGGAUCAGAGUGUGUUCAUCUUGGAGUCUGGAGAACGCCUAAACACUGACAAGAUAUUUAAUUUGUUGCCAGUGACAACGGUAUCGGAUUACCCCUAUAGCGUCGAAGAUAAUCUGGAGUGCUUGUAUGUUAGACCUCGACGGGCUGUACCGUUUGACCAUGCUUACGAUACAUUAAAGAGAGUGGGGCUCAAGAUGGCAACAAAUCUGGCUGUGAGAGAACCUUGGUGUCUGAUAUAUAAAGGCGUGGAAUAUCGUCGAUCAUAUCUAUAUUAUGAUUCACCACAGAGAAUGGUAUUCUCAGACGUUCGUGGAAAUUAUCUAGAUGAUGAACCCAUUGAGACAGUUCGUAAAUUCUUCCCGGAGACUUGGAUAUGGCAACUAUCUGAAGUUGGGAACUCUGGAUCAGCACAUCUUCCUGUCACUGUUCCUGACACCAUCACUACUUGGGAGACAGAGGCUUUCUGUGUUUCCUCUGUGGGUCUGGGACUGGCUCCUCCUGUUCAGCUCACAGUAUUUCAGCCCUUCUUCCUGGAGCUCUCAUUGCCCUACUCCAUUAUUCGGGGAGAGGUUUUUGAGCUGAAGGCCACUGUCUUCAAUUAUCUUUCCAAAUGCAUUAUGGUUAAAGUGACUCCAGCCCCCUCCUCAGACUACACUCUGAAGCCCUCUUCUGAUGGCGAGUAUACAUCCUGUCUGUGUGCAAACGGCAGAAAGACCUUCAAAUGGACUCUGAUUCCCACUGUGCUUGGAGUCUUGAAUGUGACAGUGAGUGCAGAGGCAGAACAAUCCCAGACUGUGUGUGACAAUGAAAUUGUGAGUGUCCCAGAGAGAGGCCGUAUUGAUACAGUUACGCGGAGUCUGAUUGUACAGGCUGAAGGAACUGAGAAGACAAAGAGCCAGAGCUGGUUAUUAUGUCCACAGGGCAACAGUGUUUCAGAGGAGCCGGAGCUGAUUCUUCCUGAUGAUGUAAUAGAGGGAUCAGCGCGAGCUUCUGUUUCAGUAAUUGGAGACAUACUUGGGCGUGCAUUAAAAAAUCUGGAUGGGUUGCUUCGGAUGCCAUAUGGCUGUGGAGAACAAAACAUUGCUCUCCUUGCUCCCAAUAUCUACAUUCUUCAGUAUCUAGAGAACACUGAGCAGCUCACCACAGCUAUCCGUGAGAGGGCUACUGGCUUCCUUAAGAGUGGAUACCAGAGGCAACUUAACUAUAAACAUUUGAAUGGUGCAUACAGUACAUUUGGCAGGGGAGAGGGGAACACAUGGUUAACUGCUUUUGUUUUGAGGACAUUUGGCAAAGCACAACGUUACAUCUUUAUUGAUCCAGAAAGCAUUAAUAGUGCAAAGCAAUGGCUUAUAAGUAAGCAGAGACCAGAUGGCUGUUUUAUACGACAAGGGCGUCUCUUCAAUAACAGAAUGAAGGGUGGCGUAAAUGAUGAUGUGACUAUUACUGCCUACAUCAUUGCAUCAUUGCUUGAAUUGGGUACUACUGUCCAGGAUCCUGUUGUAACUAAUGGACUGUUGUGCCUCAAGUCUUCUAUUGGUAACCUGACAAACACCUACACUACUGCACUGUUGGCCUACACUUUCAGUCUGGCUGGAGAGAAUAAAACUCGGGAGCAGCUACUAAAACAGUUGGAUAGUGUUGCCAUUUCAGGAGAUGGUCGUCUUCAUUGGUCUCAGUCAGCAUCAGAUGACUCCGGCGCAUUGUCAGUGGAAAUCAGCUCCUACGUUCUUCUAGCUGUUCUCACUGAAGGUCAGCUCACUGCUGCUGAUUUGGGUUAUGCUAAUAGGAUAGUCAGCUGGCUGGUGAAACAGCAAAAUCCUUAUGGAGGCUUUUCCUCCACCCAGGACACAGUUGUGGCCCUCCAAGCUCUGGCGCUGUACUCCUCUAAAGUGUUCAGCUCAGAUGGCUCUAGUACAGUAACUGUAAAGUCAGCAGAUGGACACAGUUACAACUUUGAUGUGAACCAGAACAACAAGUUACUGUACCAAGAAAGAUCAUUGCAGAAUGUUCCUGGAAAAUACAGCAUUGAUGUGAAGGGCUCAACCUGUGUGUCAGUACAGAUAGCACUUUUCUACAACGUCCCCGUACCUAAUGAACCCAGUACACUGAGCAUCACAGCGAAGACUGAAGGAAACUGCACAAAAUCAUUUGGACAAACUUUGUCCAUCAAGUUCACUGUUGGAUAUACUGGGUCAUUUAACAGCACUAACAUGAUCAUAGUGGACAUAAAACUCUUAUCAGGGUUCACAGCAGAUCCUGGUGAACUGAAAAAUAGCAUUUUUGUGGAACGGGUUGAUUCUAAAGAUGACCAUAUUAUCACAUACAUUAAUGAGCUCCCAAAGAAUAUUCCUAUCAACUAUGAGCUACACAUUAAACAGGUGCUUCCUGUCAAGAAUCUCAAGCCAGCGGUGAUCAAAGUUUAUGAUUACUACCAAACAAGUGACCAUUCAGAGGUGGAGUACACCUCCCCGUGUGUGUAG